GGAGGGGGCGAGCAGCGGCCCCGGCACCCGCCCCCCCCCACCCCACCCCGCACCAUCCCGCCUCGGACGGGUCCCCGGUAGCCCCGCGCCCUCCUUCCCCACGCGGCCCCAACUCGCUGCCUCGCACCUGCCGGGCGCCGCCGCCCCGCCGAGCGCUCCCUCGGGCCUUUUGUCCUGCCGCCGGGGCCUUGCGGGCGGCCGGCCGCCGGCCUACGCGCACCCCGGCCGCGCGAGGGUUUCUUACGCGAGGCCGGGGAUCCGCGGCCUAUCCGGCCCUCCACGCCCGCCCCGUCUCCUUCCCCGCCCCGGAGCCGGCGAGGGGAGAGCCCCCACCUUUCCACCGCCCCCCUCCCCUCCGCCCUUCUCCCCCGCGUGCAGCCCGGGUGCCCGCAGCGGCGGCGGCGCCUGGCUCACGACAGGCCGCGGAGCCGCCCUUGGCCUCCCCCCUCCCGCCCGUGCCGCCGCUGCCGCCGCCGCAGCAGGUUCCCUCCCUCCCCUUCUCCUCCUCCUCCUCCUCCUGCUCCUGCCCCCGGCGGCGGCGGGAUCCGAGCGGUGCCCGGGGAGCGCUCGGCCCGGGCAGGAGGGGGACGGGAGCGGCGGGGCGGCGGCAGGAGCAGCAGCGCCAGCAGCAGAAAUGAUGGAAGAAUUGCAUAGCCUGGAUCCACGGAGGCAGGAACUACUGGAGGCCAGGUUCACUGGAGUUGGGGUUGCUAAGGGUCCAUUAAAUAGUGAGUCUUCCAACCAGAGCUUGUGCAGCGUGGGUUCUCUGAGUGAUAAAGAAUUGGAGACUCCUGAGAAAAAGCAGAAUGACCAGAGGAAUAGAAAAAGGAAAGCAGAAGCAUAUGAGACCAGUCAAGGAAAAGGCACUCCUAGAGGACAUAAAAUUAGUGAUUAUUUUGAGUUUGCUGGGGGAAGUGGCCCAGGAACCAGUCCAGGUAGAAGCGUUCCGCCCGUCGCCAGAUCCUCACCGCAGCAUUCGUUAUCCAACCCCUUGCCGCGGCGAGUGGAGCAGCCGCUCUAUGGGGUAGACGGCAGCGCAGCAAAGGAACCGCAGGAGGAACAUUCUGCUCUGCCAACGCUGAUGUCUGUGAUGCUGGCGAAACAGAGGCUAGAGAAUGAGCAGCUGGCACAGAGGGGAGGUGGCCUCUGUUUUACUUUUGUCUCGGCCCAGCAAGGCAGCCCAUCUUCUACUGGAUCAGGGAACACUGAGCAUUCCUGCACUUCCCAAAAACAGAUUUCCAUCCAGCACAAACAGUCACAGUCUGACCUCACAAUGGAAAAAAUAUCUGCACUAGAAAACAGUAAGAACUCUGACUUGGAGAAGAAGGAGGGAAGGAUAGAUGAUUUAUUAAGAGCCAACUGUGAUUUGAGACGGCAGAUAGACGAACAGCAGAAGAUGCUGGAGAAGUACAAAGAGCGGUUGAAUAGAUGUGUAACGAUGAGCAAGAAGCUUCUUAUAGAGAAGUCAAAACAGGAGAAGAUGGCCUGCAGAGAUAAGAGCAUGCAGGAUCGAUUGAGGCUAGGUCACUUCACCACGGUGCGACACGGGGCGUCUUUCACCGAGCAGUGGACAGAUGGUUAUGCCUUCCAGAACCUCAUCAAGCAACAAGAAAGGAUAAAUUCCCAACGAGAAGAAAUAGAAAGACAAAGGAAAAUGUUAGCAAAACGAAAGCCACCUGCAAUGGGUCAGACCCCUCCAGCAAGCAACGAGCAAAAACAGCGCAAGAACAAGACCAACGGAGCGGAAAACGAAACGUUAACGUUAGCAGAGUACCACGAACAGGAGGAGAUCUUCAAACUCCGACUAGGUCACCUUAAAAAGGAAGAAGCAGAGAUCCAGGCAGAGCUGGAACGGCUAGAGAGGGUUAGAAAUCUACACAUCAGGGAAUUGAAAAGGAUACACAAUGAAGAUAAUUCACAAUUUAAAGACCAUCCAACGCUAAAUGAUAGAUAUUUGUUGCUACAUCUUCUGGGUAGAGGUGGCUUCAGUGAAGUAUAUAAGGCGUUUGAUUUAACAGAACAGAGAUAUGUAGCUGUGAAAAUACACCAGUUAAAUAAAAACUGGAGGGAUGAGAAGAAAGAAAACUAUCACAAACAUGCAUGUAGAGAGUACAGAAUUCACAAAGAACUGGAUCAUCCUCGAAUAGUUAAGCUAUACGACUACUUUUCGCUGGAUACUGACUCGUUUUGUACAGUGUUAGAAUACUGUGAGGGAAACGAUCUGGAUUUCUACCUGAAACAGCACAAGUUAAUGUCUGAGAAGGAAGCACGAUCCAUCAUCAUGCAGAUUGUGAACGCUUUAAAAUACCUAAAUGAAAUCAAACCUCCCAUCAUCCACUAUGACCUUAAACCAGGUAACAUCCUUCUAGUCAAUGGUACUGCGUGUGGAGAGAUAAAAAUCACAGAUUUUGGCCUUUCCAAAAUCAUGGAUGAUGACAGCUACAACUCUGUUGAUGGCAUGGAACUGACAUCUCAGGGGGCUGGUACUUACUGGUAUUUGCCACCAGAAUGUUUUGUGGUUGGGAAGGAACCUCCAAAGAUUUCAAAUAAAGUCGAUGUGUGGUCAGUGGGAGUCAUCUUCUAUCAGUGUCUCUACGGCAGAAAGCCCUUUGGUCACAACCAGUCACAACAAGACAUUCUGCAGGAGAACACAAUCCUGAAAGCUACUGAGGUGCAGUUCCCUCCGAAGCCAGUAGUCACACCAGAAGCCAAGGCGUUCAUCAGGCGCUGCCUGGCCUAUCGCAAGGAGGACAGGAUAGAUGUCCAGCAGCUGGCCUGUGACCCCUACCUGCUGCCUCACAUCCGUAAAUCAGUGUCCACCAGCAGCCCAGCCGGAGCUGCCAUUGCCUCAACCUCUGGAUCAUCCAAUAACAGCUCUUCAAACUGAGACAGAGCAAUAGGCCAAAACAAAAAACAAACCACAAACCCCACCCAGACUGCUGGAGAAAGCAGCAAAAAAAACCCCCAGACUUUGAGCAAACAGCUUUGGAACAGAGGAAUCCACAAAGGUCUCAAGAAAAACCUGCACCAGGUGCUUUUUUGUUUGUUUGUUUCCCUUUUCUCUUGCUUUUUUUUUCCAUCCAUAGAGCAUGACAACAUCAAACCUUCAUCGAGAAAACCUUUUGGGCAUCUAGGCCAGGCCAAGUGGAUAAAGAGAAAUGGAAAGGGCUUGAGGUUUAACCAGUAAAUGACCACACAAAAAAAAAGGGUGGUUGCACCAAAAAAAAAAAAGAGAUGAAUUUUAAAGGAGGGGAAAGUCAAGAUAAUAUACCCAAAACCAAGAAAACAAAAAGACGUGGUUCCAUGUACUGUGAACUUGUGAACAUGCAGCCUUGGGGAAUCCAGGACGCCGUGUGUGCUUCAUAUGAAGAAUGUGGACUUUGGAGAGAGAGAGAGAGAGAGAGAAAGAGACACACAAAACAAAACAAAGACUGGGCUAGUCCAGUGUUGAUAUUUAAACAUUGUUCUUCUUUUUUUGUUGUUGUUCUUUUAAUAAAGUUUAGGUAACAUCUCCUGAAAAGCUCGAAGCACCAAGGUUCAGCUGGGGAUGGUUAUAUGACUCUUUGCCCUUUGAAGGGGAAAAAAAACCACGUUGAUCCUGCCUGUUGAUGGCACUAGAGUUAGUGUUUCACCCCUAAUUAAUUUCAGGCUUUUUUAAAAAAGAAAAUAACCUUCUUUAUUGUUUUGGAAGAAAACAGUUUUGUGGUCUCCCAAGUGAAACCCUUAUUAGCAGGUUCCUGCUGUGGAUGGUGCAGCUCUCUGCUCCCUUAGGGCAACCUCUGCUGAUACCAGUUCAGCUUCUCAGGAGGGAUGCUGAAGGCCAGGAGUCACAGGUCUGUGCAGAUGUCUUGUGGAGCACAGCUCUGGCCGCCACAAGCUUCUCAAGCUGCUGCUCUGUAGCUCUCACACAACGGUUGCAACUCCUUUAUUUAUUUGUGCUGUUAAGUGCUGUUCUUUCUUUGCUCUCAGGAGCAGCAUCUCCUGGCUGUUGAAAAGGCAGGCAGCAAACAGGAAAGGAUCAGAGCACAGCUCCCUUGAUCCACGGGUGGGAUUUGUGCUUACCCACCACUCUGCACACCUUGUUCAGACACAUCUCGAGCUGGGGGGGACUUGUCUGCCCUUCUCAAGCGGGUGUCCUGGCAGCAAAGCUUCCUCACUCCUUUAACAUUUUCCUCUGACGUUUCCUAACUCCCUGCCAUGGCUGCAUCCCAUUUCAGAUGAGAGGGAAGGACUUCAUGUCCUCAAAGGGAGCAAACACUCUGACCUUUAUUUGUCCCCCUUCUGGAGCCUGCCUGGAGGGCUCUUUACCCCUCUUUCAGCUGGAGUUUGCCUCCUGUGGAACACAAACCCCCACUCUUCCCCCCUUUUUUCUUUCCCCCUCCCUUCCCCAUUGAAGGGAAGCCGAAAAGCACAGCACUUGAACAUGUGGCAGCCAGGUUGGAGUGCUGCUAGCACGUGGCAGGACUUCAGAGCCAGAGAGAUUUAAAGAUGCAGUGUUGAAGGUUUGUGUCAGGAGGGAGCUCAGAGGUGCACUGCUGCAAUUCAGGGUGCUGUUUAAAACACAAAUGACCUUGUGUACGCUUCUUAUCCCCCUAUCCAGACCACCAUGGUGUGGGUUCCCCUCUGUGUGGUGCCUCCAGGCUCGUGCCCACAGCUCAGGGUCUGUUUGGGGCGCUCAGGACCCCACCAGUGUCCUCAGGGCUGUGCCAUUCUCAGUCACACGCCUUCAGAGAGAAUCACCACUUGUCUGCCUUACUCUAAACCAUCAUCUGCAGCUAUUCUGCUGAAACCCUGAUCAGGAACUCGAAGUUAACUGGAAGAGUGAGGAGCCUGUUGAAAUGAAGCAAUAGACCUGGCAAGUGGAGAACUCUGCUGUGUUGAUUUGGGGCUUUUAUUGCUAUUUUUUGUAGCGACUCUUGGGCUUUUAAUUGGAUGGAUUCACUUGCAGCUGCAUUAAGGUGGUCUCUAAAGUAUGAAACAGAGCAAAGAAAUAACUGCAUCUUUAAAUCCUCAGCCAUCAUUUCUUAGCCUUUUCCAUCAGUUAAGUGUUGAGCUGUUGCUUUGAUGUGUCCAGCUCAGCCUCUGCCAGGUGAAAUCAGGGUUGAUGCUUCACCCCAUUUUGCUGAAAUUGAUGGGUUUUGGUGUCUGUUUCACAUCAAGGAGAAUUCUAGAAGGGUUUUUUUAUCCCAGUCCCAUUGUUUCCUGGCCGUCCAGUCUGUGCUAUCUCUGUGGGUGUGCUUGGUUUUAUGUCAGAUGCAUUGAUUACCUGCUGUGUGACACCCAUCCAGGGGCCUGGGGACAAACCUUACCUGGGGCUGAUAAAGCAGUUGAAGAAAACCCUUGGUAGAAUUCUGGCUGGGGUACUUUCCUUGUUAAUAAGGGUUUCACUUCCAAUACCAGACCCUCUUGCCACACUGUUCAUUUACUUCAAGAAAAAGUGUAUGAAGAAUUUGUAACUUGAACCAAGCCAAACUGUUUUGGCUCUACCCAACAGAUGAGACAUGGAUAUUAAAAUAAGUUUUAAGAAACUCA